AUGGACCAAGAGAGGAAGAACAGCAACUCCUCCCCAAAACUUGCACUGCUGGAAGCAGAACACGAAGAACGGGAUGAUGAGAAGAUCGACAAGUUCUUUGCAAUUAUCAAAAGGCUGAGAGAGGCUCGCCAUGGUUCUUCAAGCAGCCUGCGUCAUAUGGAGGCACAAAGGGCAAAGAAGGCAAAGAAGAUCCAGGCUCCAUGGACUCCUUCCUUCCAGCUCGAAGAUUUUGCUGGAUUUGCCGGUUUGAGAACAGUAGAGCCGAUAGCUUCUUCAGAGAGAGAAGUAUGUGCACAGGAAGAGAAACACGAAAUAGACCUCAACCUUGCCUUGUAG